ACGACAACACCACGAUCCCCUCCCUUGCGCACCGCUGCGUGAGACCCCUAGUGACACCAAGCAUCCGUCUGAGCAGUUUAUUUUCCAUAUUCUUUUCCCCCAGCUCCAUUCUGUGUAUAAUCCGCUGUCGCAGUCGCCGCACGCUGCGAUUUUGACUGUUUUGAUCGCAUUAUUGUUUGUCGAUGCAAGCGGUGCACAUGGACUCGACCCACGAUCCGCUAGCCAUGGCCAAGGGGAGGAAGCGGCCUCGGUCGCGAGGAUCGACGGCUUCCAUACACAGCGCCGCCACCCACACCACGCAGCCCAACCUCGACCACAGCUUCGCAGAAGGCUCCGAGGUCUACUCGACGCAAUGGAUUCCGACUGACCAUGGCCACCCUAGAGAACUGGCUAAUGGGGCUAGCCAAAUGACCACCGAAGACCUGAUCCUGGCCUCGCAGCUCCAGGCCAGCCGCGACUUUUCAAUAGACCAGCCCGUAAACACGUCGCUGCAGAAUGUAUCUUUCCAUCCAGGUCACAGCCAUAGUAUGAGCCGGCAGUCCAUGUCGGUGGACUCGUUUGCCGGCAAUACCAGUUUCGCCGACGACAGCCAGAUGAUGGAUCGCGAUGCGAACGACGAUGGAGACUCUUUCUCUGGCUUGGCCGGACAGAUGAAGCCGGGCUCGCGAUCAAGCGCUAACAACGAAAUGGAAAUGCGACAGCUGUUCCAUUCGAACAAGCAUCGCAAUCUCGUCGACGUCGCAGAGGAACUCCAUGGCAACGAGCGCGGCCCCAACUCUGAACGGACUCGGCAGGUCUUCGCAAUGCUUUGGAUAAGCCAAGUGUGCGACAAAGGGAAAGGCUCAGUCCCCAGAGGGCGUGUCUACGCCAACUACGCCUCUCGGUGUGCCACCGAGAGGAUCACCGUGUUGAACCCCGCAAGCUUCGGAAAGCUGGUUCGGGUGUUAUUCCCAGGGCUGAAGACGCGACGGCUAGGCGUUCGUGGCGAGUCCAAAUAUCACUAUGUUAAUUUCACAUUGAUGGAGGAACAGCCCGAUCUCCGUGAGCCCCCGGCCCAGCCUCAGGUUCCGCUUGGAGAAAGCGCCAGCUUCUCUCAAAACUUCAACACCGUUCCGAAGCCCUCGGCGUCAAUGCAGGCGGAUAGAGCCGAGUUAUCCAUGCUAGAUGCUACGAAACAGCAACCCGAGCCAAAAUCAAGUCGGUCUCAUGAAUUCCAGCAUAGUCUGUAUAAUCAACCACAGGUGUCUACUUUCGACCAACUACAAACCACAAUGACAAAGACGGCGCAGAGGCUAUGCUUUUCCGCAGAAACAGGCGAAUCGUUUCAGCAGUCUGACCCGCUCCUUCUCCCAAGGAUCGAACCGUUCCUGCCAAGCGGGACUGAUCCGGAUGCCGCCAAAUCCUUGGCUGCGCUGUAUCGCUCUCACUGUACAUCUCUUGUCGAGUGCAUUCGGUACUGUAAGGAGAAGACGUUCUUUCACCUCUUCACGUCAUUCCAGGGCACACUUACGAUGCCCGUUCAGAAAUUGUUCGCCAACCCUGCCGUGGCACCCUGGAUCGAGGAAUCUGACUUUGUUCUAUAUCAACGCAUGAUGCGUAUCGUCUCGGGGCUUACGCUACAGGUCGUUCCCAAACCCGUUCUCGACACUCUCCGCAGCAUCUCGGAGAAACUUGUCACCCAUAUUCGGGAGUCCUUUCAGGGACAGCCGCUCCAUGUCAUACGUGCAAAAGAGGCACCAGCGACUAUAUUUGCCGGCUUGCUCGACAGGGCGCUCCGGGUCAACCUCACUGCCCACGCGGCGGCCAAUAUGCUUUACAACCCUGCCAACCGGGAUCUGAUGUACAAGGAAUGGAUUUCCAUGAUCAACGUGCGAAAGGUUGCCGAGAGCGUCCCCUCGCGUGGCAUGGACGACGUUGUAGAUCUCUUGUUGAGUGAGAUGCGAGAUCUCCUGGACCCGGUCAACAUUCCGUGGGAGAUUGAGUGUCUAACGCUCCACGGCGAGAUGGCCAUGCGCCAGGGGAGGCCGCCGCAAGAAGGGAACCCGGAGGAUUCGACUGCUUCCAACGUUCUAGAUCGCUGGGUAAACUUCCUUCGCUCCCUCCCGCACCACUUUCCCUACGCAUCCCAUACGGAUAUUGUGUGGUGUGUCCAAAGGCUCAGCACCUCGGUCAUGAGAGACCUCACCAUCGCGCAGGGUAAGAGCUUUGGUUCGUGGUGGGUCACCAAGUGCUGGAUUGAUGAGAUGAUCCAGUUCUUGGCUGAGCACGGAGGGUUUCUGAAGCAGAAGGCGGCACAAAGCCCCUUGGAGGUGCCGAAGCAACAGGCGACGAGUCGGUUGCUGAGCAACCCGGGAUCGCGAUAUAGCAGCACCAGCGAGGACUUUAACAUGUCCCGGCUGUCGGAUUCGCAGCCUGACCGCGCCCCAUUCCCCUCGGGGCCAUCGGGCAAUAAUACGCAGCAGACAAACCAUGACGACAGCGGGAUCGGCAUCAGAACACCGGAUGAGGAUCUUCCUGGAGAGAAGUUCGGUCUCGGGACGGCAAACACGCAGGAUCUGUUCGCGGGAACGGAGCUUCAGGAUCAUCUCACAGAUGCAUGAGCUUUCCCUCCCGGCCGCCCGGGCACCUAGUGUUUUUUUCGGAUUCUUCUGCGCCUGUUUUAUUAGUGGGGGG